AUGGUGUGGACUCCCUACAAUAUUCAGCCUGUGUUGCUCACAGUGCAGGUGAGUGAUUCCACAUCCAGCACUUUGCUCAUCCCAGUCCUGCAGAUCUGCAACUGUCUGAAUGGAGGAAGCUGUCAGUACCAGAGCAUAGCAGAAAGUCACUUGCAGGGCAGAUUCCAGGUUGUAGGCUGUCUGUGCCCACCAGGUUUCAGUGGAAGGUACUGUGGAAAUAGAACAGAUGUGUGUAAAGGCAAGCCCUGCUUCGCAGGAGUAAACUGCAUCAGUCAAAAAGAAGCUAACAGCUUUAGCUGUGGAGAAUGUCCUCAUCCUACUGUCUCUGGGGAUAAACAGGGCUAUAAAUGCUUUGAGAAUGAUUUCUGCCUUCCUCCAUUUUCCUUUCCCUGUCACGAGAGUGCAGAGUGCUACAGUACUGGUUAUAACUACACAUGCACCUGUAAGCCUGGCUUUACUGGUGAUGGAUAUGAAUGCACAGAUAUCGAUGAAUGUGAAAACCCAGCAAACUGUCCCAAUGCCAAGUUCAUGUGUGUGAACACAAUUGGUUCAGUGUCUUGCUCUUGCCGCUAUAAAAUGACUGCAGAAUCCAGUGGCUGUGGUGAAUCUGCUAACCCACCAGGCUGGAACAUUUUUAAUGUGUCUAUGACUUGGAGUGAUACAAAGUUAGAACUGCAGCGAGUAAAAAAGCUGGAGCAAAUUCUGUCUCUGGGUUUCCAGAAUAAGUUCUACAAUGCCAGUGUUAUGCCAUCUGCCUCAGUAUCAGAAAGUGCAUUGAGUGAAUACAGAAUUAAUGUCUCCAGUGACACUCCUCACUGGUAUAUCAUGGACUACCUAAGUCGAGCCGGUGGCUACUAUGCCAUUACAUCUGCCAGUGUAAGAGACCUGGAUGAGUGCAAAAGCAAUAAGACUGUGUGUCCACAAUCAUCUGUCUGUUACAACACGUAUGGUGGCUACAGAUGUGUAUGUAAUGGCACUGAUCUCAAGGAAUCGCAGUCAUGCACUUUAGACAGGGAGAUUCUUAACAACUCAAGCAUUGUGGGCACCAAAAUUCAUGGAGAUAAUAAGUCCCUGAUCCUGGGUUUGGUCCUGGGUAUUGGCCUCCCUCUGCUCCUGCUCCUGGCUGCUCUUGCUGGUUUCUGCUGUUGUCACAGAAAAACUGUAACUGGAGACAUUCCUCACCUGCUGCCAGAAUAUGUUCAAGAGCAGUUCAACUCACACUUCUACUACAAUAACCCUGCCCUGCACUACAAGAGCCACAGCAGUCCACGUAUCCUUGACAACAUCACACCCCAGCACAAUCAUUACAAUCAUGUUUGUCCUGAUGCUAUAGAUUGCUCACAUGACUGCAGUUGCACAUUUGCAGAUAAGGUAAAAGGUUUAAAUAUGUAAUUAACAUUAUAAAAAUUAUAAAGAGUUGUGAAAGACUAUAAAGACUUUUAUGAUUGACUAUGUAAAGUUACUUUCCUACUCUGAACACAUUGUAUUA